ACACAGAAAAGCAAGACUAGGGAAGGAGAAAAGCUUUGGAAAAAAAAAGGAAAGAAAGCCGAUGAAUAGUAUAUUUUCAGUCGACGAUUUCUCUGACCUGCUAUGGCCUCCGAUGCCCGCUCAUCCGCCGGUGAUGAGUAGGAGUCCAUCGGAGUGGGAGCUGGAGAAGUUUCUCGAAGAAUUUCCGGUCCCUACUUCCUCAUCCACUAGCGACAGCAUUCCUUCCGCGGUAUCGGAAUCACCGACUUUGUCGAGGCCUCGAAAUGGUGAAGAUGACGUGGUGGAGAUCGAAAAGCCUGAAAUUCAUCCUUCUCCUCCUCCUGUUCCUCUUCCUCCUCGUAAUCGUCUGCAUCAGCCGUCGGAUCGCGCCUCAUUAGCUCCGGCGGAUUCGGAGGACUACCGCGCUUUUCUCAAGUCCCAGCUCGAUCUCGCCUGUGCCGCUGCGGCUAAGGCUCGGGAAUCGAAUGUAAAGCCUGAAGGUAUAACUUCAUUGGCUGAGGAGCAAAGUGUGGCUACUAAGAAUUUGCAGCCAGGAUCACAAGUUUCUGGUGAUAGUAAUGGUAUCUCGAAGGCACAAGGUGAGGCUGAUGGUGGAUCACUUCGCCUUCCAGCAUUACCUUCAACACAGAGAAAGCAAGAGGUACCAGCUAGGCAAACAACCAGCGGUUCUUCAAGAGAAGAUUCAGAUGAUGAUGAUCUUGAUGGAGAUACAGAAACCAAUGAACAUAUGGAUCCUGCGGAUGAAAAACGUGCAAGGAGGAUGCAGUCUAAUCGAGAGUCAGCCAGACGUUCAAGAAGAAGAAAACAGGCACAGCUGAAUGAACUUGAAACACAGGUUGGUCAUCUGAGGGAUGAGCGCACAUCAUUGCUAACACGCUUAACAGAUAUAAAUAAGAAGUGUGAUGAUGCUGCUGUUGACAAUAGAAUUUUGAAUGCUAAUAUUGAAACAUUAAGGACAAAGGUCAAAAUGGCUGAAGAUCAAGUUAAACGAGUGACAGGUCUGAACCCUAUGCUUCUAGCAAGAUCCAGCAUGCCUAGCAUGGGGAUGCAGUUUGUUACUGGUCAAACGGAUGCACCUGCGAGUGUUGCUGUGCCAAUGCAACAAAACAACCAUUUCUUUCACCAUUCAGUUCCUAACAUCCCCUCCGGUGCUCCACAUCUCCAAGGACUAAACAAUAGCUGCCCUAACAAAAAUUUAACUUCUCAUGCCACAAUUCCGCAAGGUGAUAAUGGAACAAGCAAUAUUGGUGGAAGGACCCCUAUGCAGCCUUUAACAGCUACUGCGCAAGCAAUGGCUGAUGCGCCUCCCAUGCAACACGUGCAAAAGCAAACUGUUCCUUCAGUCGGACCAGCAGCUUUGCCCAGAUGCAACAAUGGGCUUUCCCAUCCAGUUGCAAAGGAUAAUAAAAAGAAAUGACUCGGAUGCUUCUAUUACUGCUGCUGGAAAUUAUUAGUAUUUGGAAGAGGUUAUUUAAGGGUACAAUUAGAUUCUAAUAAGUAUGGGAUUUUUCAACUUAUAUUAGGCCUUUUUAUUUUAUUUUAUGAAUAAGCAUUCUCAGGUACUGGAUCAUUGCAAA